AUCAAGUUAGCUCCCAAACCAAUCUCUAUAAAACUCUCUCCUUUUUCUGUGUACUUCGAAGCUGGCAGGCACCGUAGCUUUAUCAACGACCGUCUCUCCUCCUUUCUCUUUGUUUGCCGAGUCCUUGCUUCUCUGGGAGGGGAAGUCACAGAGAGGGAAAGAGAGGGCCUUUCACAAUCUGUCACCGACCAUCCCUUUCGCUUUAGCUUGGCUCUCUUUUCUUCCUUUUAGUCCCUGGGUUGGGCGAGGAUGAAGAGAUCGAGCUCGAAGCCGACGGUUUCGGAGAGCAACAACGGGAGCAAAGAGGGGAUAGAUUGGGAGCUGAGGCCCGGAGGCAUGCUGGUCCAGAAGAGAGAGGAUGGGGUUCGAGCCGCUGGGCCUAUGAUCAAGAUUAAGGUCUCCCAUGGCUCCUAUCAGCAUGAGAUCACUGUGCCCGCCCAGUCCACCUUCGGGGAACUGAAGAGGGUUUUAGCCCAGGAGACUGGUUUGGAGCCUCAGGAACAGAGGCUGUUGUUCAGGGGGAAGGAGAAGGAAAAUGAUGAGUGUUUACACAUGGCGGGGGUCAAGGACACGUCGAAGGUGGUUCUUUUGGAGGACCCAGCCAGCAAGGAGCGGAAGCUGGAGCAGAUGAAGAGGGACCAGGGGAUCUCAAAGGCAUGUGAAGAUGUUGCCCUUGUUAGGGCUGAUGUUGAUAAGCUCGCUGAGAAGGUUUCUACUUUGGAGUCUGCCGUGCACAAGGGCACAAAAGUUGCAGAGAAAGAGUUUGUUGUGUUGACCGAGUUGCUUAUGAUGCAGUUGCUGAAAUUGGACAGCAUAGAAGCAGAGGGCGAAGCAAAAGUUCAGAGAAGGAUCGAGGUGCGCCGGGUACAGAACCUUGUGGAGAUGCUCGACUUACUGAAGGCCAGAAACUCCAACCCCUUCAGCAACAGCAGCAAUGCUGUUUCAGUGACAACCCAAUGGGAGACAUUUGAGUCCGGGUUGGGCAGCCUGAAUGCACCUCGUCCAAUGGCAUCCUCCACAAAAAUAACCAAUGACUGGGAACUUUUUGACUAGCUGCGUAACAGGAGCCAGUUAUCUUCCUUUUAGUUGAAGUUUCUUCUUUCCGAGUCCCUUAUUUUCCCUGCAGUUCUUAGUCUUCUGUUCAGACAGCGAACUAUUGUACAUAUGGACUCUGGAAAUUGCUGCAUUACUCGUGCAACUUGCUGUAACUUUUAUACUGAAUUCCUUCUAUAUAUUCAUCAGCCUAUACAGUUUUAUCUAGAGUUUGGUUCUCAACA